AUGAGAUUGCUAUAUGCUCUCCCCGCAACUUGCGCGCUCAUCUACCGCGCCAAGAGCAGGAAUUCUUUAACGCCCGCUGGCAUCUUCGCUGCGACUCUGACAGCUGCCGCACACGCCUACCACCCAUGGAAUCUUCCAUUUGCACUCCUAUGCGUAUUUUUCCUGGCCGGAACACGCGUAACACACAUCAAAGAGGGCAUCAAGGCCAACUAUACGCUUCGUUCAAAGGGUACAUCUGGAGGAGAAGGGCCUAGAACACAUGUUCAAGUCCUCGCCAACAGUUUGAUGGCCUCUGUCCUCUCCGUCCUCCACGCAAACCAACUACGAAAACGAGAAGCAGCACUCGCCGAUCAUAAUACUCCGGAUCCCACGGGAUCACUAUGCUUUUCAUGGGGCGGUGACCUCCUGGUCGUUGGAAUCAUUGCCAAUUAUGCGGCCGUCGCGGCCGAUACCUUCAGCUCCGAGCUUGGUAUCCUGUCUUCAGGACAACCUCGACUGAUCACAUCACCAACACUCCGAAAGGUGCCUCGCGGAACAAACGGUGGUGUCACCUUGCUAGGUUUAGGUGCAGGUUUGCUGGGGUCAAUGAUUAUUGUCACCGCAUCCAUGAUAUUCCUACCGUCCUGUAGUGAGGAGUCAUCUCAGACGCCCGCAGGCGGUGCCCCAUGGACGAUGCUGGAGCGACGCAAGUUCAUGGGGUUCAUGGUGAUCUGGGGUGCUCUUGGCAGUGUCUUGGAUAGUUUCUUGGGUGGCCUAUUCCAACGGUCAGUCAGGGACGUACGGUCUGGUAAGAUUGUCGAGGGAGAAGGAGGCAAUCGCGUCCUAGUAGCCGAAUCCGGCACGGACGCGGCCGCUCAUUCGAAUGUCAAGACCGAGAUCAUGCAGAGCGAAGCAAAAGAGAAGCUUGGUGGUUCCGCUAUUGUGGACGAUGACGAUGCUCAUGCUGGUGUCUACGAUCAUAAAGACAAGCACCGCAAGUCAAGUUUUGGUGAUCAGCGACCGUCGCGGGCUAUCGAAAACGGGUGGGAUCUUCUGGACAACAAUGAUGUCAAUUUCCUCAUGGCAGUUACGAUGAGCGUUGGCGGCAUGGCAGUAGCGAGCUGGUACUGGGACGUGCCCAUACAGAGCGUCAUGGGUGUGUAG